UCUACCGGGUAGCACCAUAAAUAAAUAACGGUGUACGAAGUAACCACCUGAGGCGAAAGUGACAUAAGAUAUAAAAUAUUAGGUAUAUGCUUGGUGGGUAGGACGGCUCCGAUGUCUGCAUUUCUUUCUAUAACACCAUCGACAUGACGGACGGUGGUAAUACGGCAUAUAACAGCCACAUAGAGGGGCUUCGACAAAAUGAGUUUCCGAUGCUGCGAGAUGAAAUCUAUCUCGAUCAUGCUGGGACCACGUUAUAUCCGAAAUCCCUUGUGGAUAAAUUCGCCGCUGACAUGACGUCGAAUCUCUUUGGCAACCCUCAUUCCGCUUCUUCUUCAUCUCAGACCUCAACCUCAAGGAUUGAAGAUGUUCGACUCCGGGUCUUGCAAUUCUUCCAUGCUGACCCCUCCGAGUUCGAUCUUGUUUUUGUUGCCAACGCAACCGCAGGCAUUAAGCUAGUGGCCGAUGCUUUUCGGGGUCACGAACAUGGCUUUAGCUAUUUGUAUCAUCAAGCGUGCCAUACCAGCUUAGUUGGCGUUCGAGAAGAAACACCACGUAGCCUUUGUUUGGAUGAUACCGCUGUACAAAACUGGCUUGGUGGAAAUGACCCUACUACUAAACUCGAACAUCAUGUCGGCCCAGUUCUUUUUGCAUAUCCAGCCCAAUCCAAUAUGGAUGGCAGAAGGCUCCCGUUAGAUUGGUCCCAUGAAGUUCGUCGUAGAUGCCAAUCUGCCCCAGACCGCCAGGUUUUCACUCUGCUAGAUGCUGCCGCAUUCGUCUCAACAUCGCCCCUGGAUUUAAGCAACUCCGAAACGGCACCCGACUUUACUGUGCUAAGCUUUUACAAGAUCUUUGGAUUCCCAGACCUUGGCGGGCUUAUCGUGAGACGUCAAGCGGCGUCAAUUUUUGCAUUACGAAAAUACUUCGGAGGUGGCACCGUCGAUAUGGUAGUCUGUGUCAAAGAACAAUGGCAUGCACCCAAGUCACAAGCCCUACAUGAGUCGCUAGAAGAUGGGACAUUGCCAGUGCACAGCAUCAUCGCUCUGGAUUCGGCCCUCGAUGUUCAUCGCCAGUUAUUUACGUCCAUGAGAGAUGUCGCGGAUCAUACCUCGUUCCUAAGCCGGCGGCUAUACGAUGGAUUAGCUUCCCUAAAACACAGCAAUAAUGAACCAGUCUGUGUCCUAUACUCACAACCCGGUUGCACGUCAGAUAACGGUCCGGUCAUAGCUUUCAACUUACAAAACCAUCUUGGGGGUUGGGUCAGCUUAGCCGAAUUCGAAAAGCUUGCGGUGUUGAAAAGAUUCCACAUUCGCACAGGAGGGCUGUGCAAUCCGGGUGGAAUCGCGUCUUCUCUUAGCCUCGAGCCGUGGGAGAUAAAGAGAAACUUUUCUUCUGGCUUUCGGUGUGGAACUGAGAACGAUAUUAUAGGUGGGAAGCCUACUGGUGUUAUCAGAGUAAGCCUAGGGGCUAUUAGCACUAUUUCAGAUGUUGAUAAGUUCAUCGCCUUUGUUGCCGAGUUCUACAGGACCGCAGAUACGCCUGGGCCUUUGUCUUCAAUCCCAGUCCCACCUCCCCAAAGUCAAGCUAAUCUAUAUGUAAAAAGCAUUACAAUUUUUCCGAUCAAGAGCUGUGGCGGGUUUUGUGUUCCUGCUGGGGCGACGUGGGAAGUAAGAGAAGAAGGACUAGCCUGGGACCGAGAAUGGUGCUUGGUUCAUCGAGGUACCGGGCAGGCAUUAAGCCAGAAGCGAUAUCCGCGCAUGGCACUUAUUCGACCGGUAAUUGAUUUUACUAAGGGCCAUUUACGAGUUUCUUAUUUGGGUUCUUCAAAGAAUAGCGAAUCUGCACUAUAUAUCCCUCUCUCCGCGAACCCCUCUCUCUUCCAAACUACUGCUGCCUCCAAGCCAAUGGCGUCUAGGGUUUGCGGCGAAGAAAUAUCCGCCCAAAUAUACACUUCUAACAAAGUGAAUGACUAUUUUUCAGAUAUACUCGAUGUCCCGUGCAUGUUAGCUCGCUUCCCACCAGGUGGCUUGGGGAACCGCAUGCGACAUGCUAAAGCCCAUCUUCAAAAACACCAAAAGGUCAAUAAAAAGAUACAGUACAAGAUACCCCUUCGAUUACCGGGUAUGGAUACACCGCCAGACUCAGAUUCGGAAUCCGAGCGACAGCGAAUUCUAUUAUCUAACGAGAGCCCUAUACUUGCCAUCAACUUAUCUAGCUUGGAAAUAUUAAAUCGACAGAUAGUUGACCAUGGCGGAAAGCCUGUCUCCCCGGAAGCUUUUCGAGCAAAUAUCGUAAUUGCCUCUUCAUCCACCGACUCGGAGUCGUUUGCCUAUUCAGAAGAUCACUGGUCGGGUUUAAGGAUUGGGCAACAAGAUUUCAAGAUGCUAGGUUCUUGUCGCAGAUGCCAUAUGAUAUGCAUAGAUCAGGACACGGCCGAGAAGAGCGAGGAGCCUUUCGUCACAUUGGCUAAGACGAGAAGGUUUGAUGGUAAAGUCUUCUUUGGGACACACAUGUGUCAUAUACCUCCGCCAAGAGCUGAUACUAAGGAGGCUCAAUUCCCCACUAUCACGGUGGGAGAUAAAGUGCUCGUGGAUCCGGUAUGAAGGAUUCGAGAUCCGGACAAUUACCAACACUAUCAAUUAUCAGGUAUGCAAGGUACACCAAGAGUUUUCAUAGGAUGUUGAUUCUAAAGGGAGGCAUGAUUUUUGAUAGCUAGAAGGGUGCCUCAGAUACCUAAAUAUAAAAAAGCUCGGGUGAAGUUAUCUGAUCUCUGUCUUAGGCACGCAGGUACCCGAGAUAGGUAUUGACAACUACCACAAAGAUUUAUUCAGAACAUCCGAAGCGAGUGACCCUAAACUUCCAAUAACCCAUAUUAUGCAAGUGCAAGAAACCCCUGUCUCCCCUACCUUUAGGUAGUUUUGCUCUCAUUCUGAUACCUUCGACGUGAGCUGCAAGCUCCUCUAUUAGACAUAUGCUUUAAUGACAUGGCCGCUUUCUACC